AACAUGCCCGCGAAGAACCUCUCGUCCGCGAACCGCUCUACCUCCUGUUGAGUCUUGGCCGGAGGACGACAACGGGUGCGGAAUCUCAAGCAUCCUCCCUGCCCUUCAACGGCGGGAUAGAGCUUUCUGCUGUCGGAUUUCUGGCGCCGGAACGUUUCUCACCCCGAAGGACGCGGUAAGUUGAACGAUAUCUUCGCGCUCGCGGCGUGUGCGUUGGUGGGUGUGUGGUCGCCUUAGAGGUGAGGGCGGUAACUCGACGUCUGCCCACUCCCUUUCAGGGUUAUAAAGAAGGGGCCACUCUGAAACACCUUGAAGAAGUAUAAAAGAGCCCGAAGGCUCUAAAAGAAGAAGAGUACCCGGAAGUGUUCGAGGAAGAAGAGAAACCUCAGGUGCCAGAAGAGAGGGCUCUGAAACGCCUGAUAAAAGAAGAAGUCCUAAGUACCAGAAGAAAAGGACCCUUGCUUGAAGAAGAGAACCCUUAGGUGACAGAAGAAGUUACUAAGGGUCCUAGGGUGUCAGAAGAAGAAGUCGAGAGCCUUGAGGAUUCAGAAGAAGUGGAUCCUGGUGCCCAAAGAAGAGGACCCUGGGAUUCCAGAAUAAGUUGUAGUGGGACCUCUACAAGGACUACGAGUAGCCAGAAGAAGUAGAGAGCCGAAAGGAGCAAGAAGUAGUAGUAAGAAGUCCUGGAGAGCCAGAAGAAAAAGAAGUAGUACAAUUCCAUAAGUAGACAUAAGAAGCGGAUCCUGGUGCCCAAAGAAGAGAACCGUGGAUGUUCCCGAAGAAGUAGUAGAGAGUCUUGAGCUACCAGAAGAAGCAGAUAAUUCUGAGGUGCCGGAAUAAGUAGCUGAGGGCCCUGAGACACCAGAAGAAGACGUAGAGGGCCCCGAGGAGCCGGAAGAAGAAGUAGUAAAGGGCCCUGAGAAGCGAAAAGAAGUUGAAGAGUGCCUGAGGCUCCAGAAGAAAUUGGAAUCCCAGAGGUGCUAGAAGGAGAGUAUCCUGGGGCCCGAAGAAGAGGACCCUGAAGUGCUAGCGGAAAUAUAAGAGUGAUCUGAGGUGGCAGUCCCUGAGGUGCCAGGAUAAGUAGAGGAGGUGCCAGACGAAGCAGUAGAAGUCCGUGAGGUGCCAGACGAAGCAGUAGAAGUCCCCGAGGUGCCAGACGAAGCAGUAGAAGUCCCCGAGGUGCCAGGCGAACCAGUAGAAGUCCCCGAGGUGCCAGACGAAGCAGUAGAAGUCCGUGAGGUGCCAGACGAAGCAGUAGAAGUCCGUGAGGUGCCAGACGAAGAGGAAGAGGAGGAGGAGGAGGAGGAGGAGGAGGAGGAGGAGGAAGAGACCGGCGCCGAUGGCCGCGCGCCCCUGAGGACGACGGACGACGCCAGGGAUGCCGGCCUCGCCGGAGAAGCGCCGCCCCAGGGACGACGCGGCGGACGAGCAGCGCGUGGGGCUGAGGAAGGAGCUGGGGCUGCUGGACGGCGUGGCCAUCAUCGUCGGGGUGAUCGUCGGCUCGGGCAUCUUCGUGUCGCCCAAGGGCGUGCUGAUGAACUCCGGCUCGGUGGGGCUGGGGCUCGUGGUGUGGGUGCUGUCCGGCCUGCUGUCCAUGGUGGGGGCGCUGUGCUACGCCGAGCUGGGCACGAUGAUCCCCAGGUCGGGCGGCGACUACGCCUACAUCCACGAGGCGUUCGGCUCGCUGCCCGCCUUCCUCUACCUGUGGGUGGCGCUGUUCGUGAUCGUGCCGACGGGCAACGCCAUCACCGCCAUCACGUUCGCGCAGUACAUCCUGCAGCCGGGCUGGCCCACCUGCCAGCCGCCGCACGCCGCCGUGCGCCUCAUCGCGGCACUCAUCACAUGCCUGCUGACGCUCAUCAACUGCCACAACGUGAAGUGGGCGACGAGGGUGCAGGACGUGUUCGUGGGCACCAAGCUGCUGGCGCUGCUGGUCAUCAUCCUGGCCGGCGCCUGGGCGCUGCUGUCGGGGCGCGCCGGCAACCUGCGGGCCCCCAUGGAGGGCACCACCUCCGAGCCGGGCUUCGUCGCGCUGGCCUUCUACUCGGGGCUCUUCUCCUACUCGGGCUGGAACUACCUGAAUUACGUUACAGAAGAGCUGCAGGACCCAUACAAAAACCUUCCCAGGGCCAUAUCCAUAUCAAUGCCGAUGGUGACGGUGGUGUACGUGUUGACUAACGUGGCAUACUUUGCCGUGUUGACCAAGGAGGAACUGCUGUCGUCGAAUGCUGUCGCUGUGACGUUCGGCGACAAGCUGCUGGGCGGCAUGUCGUGGGUCAUGCCGUUCUUCGUGGCGUGCUCGACGUUCGGCGCGCUCAACGGCGCCAUCUUCGCCUCGUCGCGGCUGUUCUUCGUGGGCGCGCGCCAGGGCCACCUGCCGGCCGCCAUCGCGCUCAUCAGCGUCGACCGCUGCACUCCCGUGCCGUCGCUCGUCUUCCUGUGCCUCAUCACCCUCGCGCUGCUCAGCAUUGAGGACGUGUACGUGCUCAUAAACUACCUGAGCUUCGUGGAGGCGCUCUUCACAACCCUCUCAGUGUGCGGCCUGCUGUGGCUGCGCUACAAGAGGCCGGACGCCCACCGGCCGAUCAAGGUGAACAUAGUGUUUCCCGUCAUCUUCUUCGUGAUCUGCCUGUUCCUCGUCAUCCUGCCUUGCCAUGUCAGCCCGGUGGAGGUCAGCGUAGGCCUGGGGUUCAUAGUCUCCGGCGUUCCCAUCUACCUGGUGUUCAUCUACUGGCAGACCAAACCAGCGUGGCUGACCAGAAUAUCGAGGUCAUUCAACUUGAUUUGUGCGAAAAUGUUCAAAUGUUUGCUGGAAGAGGAGAAGAUAUGUUGAAAGAGGAAGCGCUCUUAACCAACGCAAAGUUUUUACGACUGGAGUUGCUUGCACUUACAUUCGAGUAUUUUUAUAUGGUUUUUGUCAUAAACACAAGAUGGACAGAUUAACUUACCACUGUAGAAAAUGUAAUUUUUUUUUCACAAAUAUGUAAAAUAAAUUGCUAUGAAGCUCUUAUUUCAGAGGAAA